GGACAAAUAAAUAGGGAUAGACAUAGUAUUAAUUAAAGUUAAAUUUAGUUACAGUUUUCAUCUAAAACAUUUUUCAAAUCAUUAGAUUUGAUAAAGACAAGAGAUAAUAAAGCAUUAUUACCUCAUUAUUUAUUAUUUCUAAACGAGCGAGUCAAGUCAAUAAUGAAUAAUUAUGGUAAAAACACAUAGAAUGACCAUAGUUUAAAAAGGGUAAACUAACAAAGACAUUACCCUACCCCAAAAAUAAAGAGGGUAAAAUGCUUAAAUGCAAUAUUUAUACAUAUUUUAAAAUGGCAAAUAAUAAUCCAUUAGUAUUAAAUAGAGUUAGACUUAGUAUGGUCAAAGUGAGCAAUUAUUUUCCAUUUGAACAAAUGGUCACACUCCACCGGCACUAACCGGUCAGCCUCGAUCUCCUAUCCUAGGUGUAAAAUAUAGUAAAAUCCCAAUUCCACCCCCAUAUAUGGGACCAAAAAUUUCCUCCCAAAAUAAAUAAAAAAAACAAAAUAGGUGUCUUCACACUUGAAACCCAAAGCACAAAAGCCUAUACAAAAAAGUCUAUAAACUUUCUCUCACUACCUUUUGUUCUAGUGUAACAACACAAGUAGCUCCAGUUUUGUGCAAAAAUGAAGAAGAAUCUCUUCUUCUGAUCGAGUCCUUUUGUUAGUCGCCUAACGAAAAGAAGAAGCUUAAAUCAAUAGAAACAACGAUGAGUGCUUUUUUUCCUGAUGAGAGCAGUAGUUUUUUCUUUGAUUUUCCUUUAUAUGAAACCGAAAAUGUUUCUUCUUCUCCAAUGAGGUUGAUUGAAUCCAUGUUUACUUCUCCUGAUGAUCCAAUUACUGAUUCUUCUUCUUUAUUCGAUUUGCUUCAGCCUCCACCAUUUCCUCCUCCACCUCCUCCACCUCCACCACCACCACCACCACCACCAGCCGAUGUACCUUUGUUGAAUCCUUCUCCGAUUGCUAAUACUUCUGCUAAUUCCUCUGAAUUAUCUUCAUCGUCAACUGAUGUUGCAGCUAAUGAUGAUUUUCUACAGAUGAUUGAAAUGGUAGAGGAACAACUUGAGAAUGAUGAGGACAAGAUCGAGGAUAACAUACAGUUAAUUCCGAAAAAGAAGAAGGCAAGAAAGGAAAGAGCUCCCAGAUUUGCUUUCAUGACUAAAACUGAAAUUGAUCAUUUGGAUGAUGGUUUUAGAUGGAGAAAGUAUGGACAAAAAGCUGUGAAAAACAGUCCAUUUCCCAGGAGUUACUUUCGUUGCACUAUUGCAACGUGUGGUGUGAAGAAGAGAGUGGAGAGGUCUUCUGCAGAUCCAUCAACUGUUAUUACAACUUAUGAAGGUGUUCACACACAUCCAUGCCCCAUUACGCCACGUAGCAGCAUUGGCUUUUAUCGAGACACCAUUGACUAUAGUGGUGGUGGCUCCAUUGGUGUUGGUGUUGGUGUUGGUCUUGGUGGUGUUGCUAGUAGUUCGUCUUUGUUUUUACCAGAAUUCAAUUAUCAAGCUCAACAACAACAACCAUCGACCUACUUUCAGGCACCAGCAUUACCACCUAUAAACAGUUUUACUACUAAUUCAGCCCAAGGAGGAAUGUUAUUGCCAUCAACUUCAUCGUCUUUUGGUAGAGAUGAUGGACUUCUGCAGGAUAUGGUGAUAUCCCAAAUGAUGCCAAAACCAAAUCAGUAGGACAGAAUGCAUGAGAUCAUUAUCAAUUGGUAUGUUUAGUUUAUUUAACUGAUAAUGAAUCUUAAUUUAGAUAACAAUAGAAUCCUGCACAAACAAGUAUUACAAACUUUUUAUUUCCCCUAAUUAGUUAAUGUUGUACAAUGACUAUAAUUAGCUUGUCACUAUUAACUUCAAUUUUGGUUUAAUGGGGUAAUUAGCUAGCUAACUAGCUUUUGCAUGUAUAAUAUAUAAUAGCAGGAUGCUUUCAGUACUUGUUAAUUACUAAUAUUUCGUAGUUUUGAAGAUU